GAAAGUUCCAAACUUUUUGCGCUUCGCUUCAGUCCUUGGCCAAAGAAAAAACAACAACAACAACAACGACAACAAAAAUCCGAGAACAAGAUUAAGAAGAAGAUCCAAUGGCACUUCCAUCAUCUUGAAAAUCAGAGAGUUUUCUCUGACCUAAUUCGGAAAACGAAGAUAAAUGGCGGUGGACUCGAAUUUCACUACGACUCUGCUCGACAAUCUCAAGUUGGACGAUCCAUGGCUUCCUCCGAGCUCCUGGGAAUCCAUCCCUUCCGAAAGCGGACCACCAUUUUCCUCCCAUUCCUCUUCCUCGCAUCACCCUCUCCGCGACGCUUCUUCCGUCUCCGAAGCAAGUUUGGUGAGGUUGGCAAUGAAUGCACUUCAGGGUGUUCAAUCAGCCCUUAUCAGUAUUGAAAAGAUUUCAAAUGCCUUUUGUUCUGACCCAGCUGACAGGACCUUCCAUCAGAUUCCAAGUUUGUGGAAUCGGUCUUCAAGUACUCAUGCUCAAGGAAAGAUACUGAAAUCCAUCGGGCGCUCAGGAUUUUUGGUCUUUCUUCUCCUUAAAUUUGUAGAUUAUUUUAGAAAUUCAAAUUUAGACGACAAUUUUUUGGGAAUGAGACAACAUGAAAAUCUAGAACCAGGAGAGGUUCAAGAUUCUCAUGACGGUAAAGCACAAAGGCAACGCGAAGAGAACCCUCCGUACAGUCUUGUUAAUCAUGCAUUCUCUGUUGCCGUGGGGAAGAUCAUAGAGGGUUACAUGUGUUCACUAGACACGUUGUAUGCAUCAGUGCGUUUUAGGCAUUUAUUAGGAAGUGUUGAAAUGCCUUUAGAUGCAUGUUCUACAGUAGGAUGUCUUACCACAGUAUUUCAUUCCGAGAUUACAUUGCUGGAGCUAUAUUUGCACACAAAGGAACUAAGAACUCAGAUUGAAGCUCUUGGAAAUCUUUGCAAUUUGUAUACUAUAUCUUUUUGCUUCUCGAAAUCUUCUUUUGAAGAUUUAAUAGUUAAUGUGACGCAUGAAUUUAAUAAUUUCUUCAGAGGAGGGGAUCUUCUUACAUAUUUGUAUGCACAAUUACAGGUAGCUGAUCCUUCUCACAGUGCUAUACUCAAAUUUCUUUUUCUUCGCUCAUGUGAACCAUAUGUGGGGUUCAUAAGGUCAUGGAUAUACAAAGCUGAGAUAAGUGAUCCUUAUAAGGAGUUUAUAGUAGAAUGUAUCAAUGAUUUACCAUCCCAUCGGCUUGGCAAAGAUGGAAUGUCUCCUGACUUCCCGUUGGCAAAAAUCAGGGAGCGAGAUGGAAUUUCUGUUCCUUGUUUCCUAAGGGACUACUUGAUUCCACUUGUCAGAGCUGGUCAGCAGCUACAAGUAUUAAUGAAGUUGCUAGAGUUUUGUACCUAUGUUGCCUCUGAGGACCUUACCUAUGAGGAUCUUCUUCCUUCUUGGCAUGGGUUUUCUAGCAAUUAUUCAUCUAAUGCAUUUCCAAUAAAUUUGGGAAAAGAGGAUAUAGAAGCAAGGGCUCUUGCCCGGGGAAGUUACUACAAAAGAAUGCAGAACAAACUUGAAAGUCUUUUGACAAAAUUAGAGUUCAGAUAUCAGCAGGUGGUUUCACAUGACACAACAACCAAUGACUUUGGUGAUGGCUGGAACAGUGCAAAUGCUCCAUUGAAGGUGAUGGUUCCUUCAGCUGAAGCUAAAAGGAAGUUAAAUGUGGAUUUUAAUGAUACAGAUUCUGAUGGCUCAAGUACAAUGGAUGACUUAUCUUAUGUAGCUAAUGCACAUGAAUCAUCUGAAUGUUCAUCGUCAACUGACGGCGAAGAGAAAAUUGUGUCUGAGCAGCUGAUUGGGAUUGAACAGAACUAUUUUUCUGCUUUAAACUUCUCUGUAAAUCCUUUUAACAGUUCAUCGGCAAAACCCGAAGAAUGUGAAGAACUGAGCCAUACUGAGAGUGAUUUAGAAGAAAUUUGUGAAGGAAAAGAUGCACUUUACCAGUUUGUGGAAUCUUAUCAUAAUGGCAUAUUUCUUGAUCAAAUAUCUGUGGCCCUGGAAUCGGAAAAGCCAAACUGGUCAGUCAAUGGUCUUUUGAAAGGCUCUUUCCUUGAUGGAAGUUACGGAGACAGUUCAAGGUCAAAUCUCUUGGAUUAUGAUCCAAAACUGAGCAAAAUGGGAGCUUUAAAUGAUGGAAUCUCAUAUUAUAGAAAAAUGAUUGCCACGGAUGACACUUUAUCUGAGGAAUUGUUUACCAAGGAUGAACAGAAGAACAUAUAUGGUUCAAAUGUAUUUACAUUGAAAGAUGGAAUGGUCCAUUCCCGUGACAACUUUCUCAGUAAAAAUCCAAUGUUCACAAAAAAUAGUUUCCUAAAUUUGAAAAGUGAUCCUGUAGAGGGAGAGGAUACACAUAACUUUGGCCAGUCUUUACCUUAUUUUGACUUUUCUUCAGUAGAAGACCCUUGUAAGGGAUGUCUGGAAAACUUUUCUGCAGAUUUUGACUCUGGUGCUUCAGCCCCCAGCAUCAAGAGUGUUCUUCAUGAUAAAAAACGCUGUGAUCAGGAGUUCUUGGUUGAUAAAACCAAAAUUCGUAAUGUUAACACACUUUCAGAAUUGAAGGAGUAUAAACAAGAUGAUGUAUCAUCAGCACUAGUUUCUGGAGGGAGUAGUUGGGAAAGUUUGCUCGGUAGAUCUUCUAAUACCACCUCUGAUGAUGUUGGGGACCUCAGAGAGAGUUCACUGGGCAAGAUUGACAUACCACUUGAUUUUAUUAUUGACAAAUGCCUGCUGCAGGAAAUUAUACUUCAAUAUAAGUAUGUCAGCAAGUUAACUAUUAAGUUGCUUGAAGAGGGAUUUGAUUUUAAAGAGCAUUUGUUAGCAUUGCGGCGGUACCAUUUCAUGGAGAUAGCAGACUGGGCAGAUUUGUUUAUCAUGUCACUUUGGAAUCAUCAGAAGUGGUGCAUUACAGAGGCAGAACAACGACUUGCUGAAAUUCAGGGAGUUCUUGAGUCGUCAAUUCAGAGAUCUUCCUGUGAAUGUGAUCAUAAUAAAGACAGAUUGUAUGUGUACAUGAAAGGACAUGAUACAAUGCCUCUUUCAGUAUCUGCUAUUGGGCUCCAUUCUUUUGAUUUUUUAGGUUUGGGUUAUCGAGUGGACUGGCCAGUAAGCAUUGUCUUGACUCCUGGUGCAUUGAAGAUAUAUUCUGAAAUAUUCAGUUUUUUGAUAAAAGUGAAGCUUGCUAUUUUUUCAUUGACCGAUGUAUGGCGGUCAUUAAAGGAGUUGAGGCCCUUAAUCAGCCUGAACCAACAUGCUGAACUACGUAAACAGGAAGUCGGCCAUUUCAAUUUAUUGAUGAAGAUGAGGCACCAGGUCAAUCAUUUUGUAUCUACGCUGCAGCAGUACGUAGAGUCACAACUAUCACAUGUAUCAUGGUGCAAUUUUCUUCACUCCCUUCAACAUAAGGUCAGAGAUAUGAUGGAUCUGGAGUCGGUGCAUAUGGCAUAUCUAAUUGACUCGCUAGACAUAUGUUUUCUAUCAAAUGAAGCCCGGCCUGUAGCCAGAAUCAUUGACAGCAUUUUGCAGUGUUCAUUAGACUUCCGGUCUUGUCUUAGAGGAGGCAUGUGGGAUGUUGGAACAAAUGAAGAUCCGGCAGGAAGACUUUCUAGAAUCAAUGCAUCCCAGGUGCUUGCCAUAAAGAAAACAUUUGAAAAAAAUCUCCAAGAGUUGCACCUUUGUUAUCUGAAGUCACCUAAACAUGAGGAAUAUGGACUUUCUCGCUUUUGGGGAUACCUCAACUACAAUGAGUAUUACUCGGAUGUCGGUAAUGAGAUGCGCACAGGCCAUUAUACUCAACAUGCGCAUGGGAUUCUGUCAUUUUAGUUGUUCUUGGUUGGUUCUAGUGCGAGUGCAAGUAAUGUGUGAGAUCCUCAUUUCCUUUGAGAUUUUGUCCGAGGAUCAAAUAUUCAAUGUGUGAUUUACACGUGUUGGUCUUGCCGCGAUUUAAACUAUAGGUCAAAAGGAAGCGGUGAAUUUUAGUUUUGAGGAAAAGAGGGGCAGGGAUGUUGAGGGGGAAAAAGUUACGUGGAUUAAUUGUUGUGUUGAUAGUGUAGUAGGGAACUGUUUAUUAACUCAAAAAUGUAUUAUUUGUACAAAGAAGCUUUCUGGUGUAAUGGUGAAUACUGUCAUUUUAGUUGUUCUUGGUUGGUCCUGGUGAUUAUUAUUUCCCUAUCUUUUGUAUAGACAAAUUAAGGGAUUGCAAGAAAGAUGCUAGUCUCCAAACAUUAUAAUCAAGAUUUUAUAUUUAAUGUAAGAGCAGCACCCCUUGUAAUGGCAAUCAAAAUUAGUGCUAGUCUAAGGUAGAUUAUUAUUAUUAUUUUGUUUUAGGAUAGUGGAAUUCCUACU